AUGAUCAUUUAUACAAACGAGGGCAAUCCGUUGGGCCUGCAGCUGUUAGUGCUGGCAAAAUUUGCCAAGAAGACGGCACAAGUCCAGUUGGUUAACCUAAAUGAUGCUAAACACAAGGAUUUGCUUGUGCUGCCCACUCUGGAGCUGGACAAUGGUUUGCGUUUGUUCUCUGGUGCAGCCAUAGCAAAAUAUUUGCUGGGCGAUGAGGGUCAGCGGAGGGACGAGUGGCUGGAAUGGUCAACAACGUUAUUGGCGCCAGCUCUCGAACAUCACAUGGCCGUGGGUCAUCGCGCCGAUCCAAAUGCUUUACCUGUGCUCAAUGGAUUAGUGAAGAAGCUCAACGAUUGCCUCAGUACUUCGCCCUUUUUGGCAGGUGAUAAACUAAGCGCUGCUGAUCUUAGCAUUUGGUGCCUGCUCGCUCCAGAUGGUACACUGAAAGGUGCCCAAAAUGUGGAUCAGCUGCGCAACUGGUAUGAUAAAAUCAAGGCUAUGCCGGAGGUGCAGCAGGGUCUGAAGGAGCUCCCCAUAAAGGAUCUUACCUUUAAUGCGCUGCAGCAAUCGAAUCGUUAUGGUGGCUUACAGCAUGUCCAGCUCAAGCGUUCCAGCUCUGUGGAUGCAGGCAAACUGCUGGCUGAAGCAGCCUCAACUGUGGCAGACACCGUCUCCGAUGAGGAAAUCAAUGCAGCACGCGCAGCCUUCAUAUACACCAAAGCCGAGGAGCUGUCACAGCCACGUACUGUGCUGCCAAAGCCUGGACAACGCAAUGUGCUCAUCACCUCAGCGUUACCCUAUGUCAACAAUGUUCCUCAUCUAGGCAACAUUAUUGGCUGUGUGCUUUCGGCUGACAUAUUUGCACGCUACUCACGUGCAGCUGGCUACAAUACGCUGCUCAUCUGUGGCACGGAUGAAUAUGGCACGGCAACGGAGAACAAGGCUUUAGCUGAGAACAUGACGCCGCGUGAGAUCUGCGACAAGUAUUUCGAGCUGCACAAUUCCAUAUACCGCUGGUUCGGCAUUGGCUUUGAUUACUUUGGACGCACCACCACGCAGGAACAAACUGAUAUUGUCCAAGAGGCUUUCAAGGAUGUGUACAAUGCAGGCUACAUACUGACGGAGAGCGUGGAGCAGCUGCUUUGCCAGAAAUGCGAUCGUUUUCUAGCGGAUCGCUUCGUGGAGGGCACCUGUCCACAUCCGGGCUGCGGCUAUGAGGAUGCACGUGGCGAUCAGUGCGAUAAGUGCGGCAAGCUUGUAAAUGCCACCGAGCUGGUGCGUCCACGUUGCAAGGUGUGCAACACUGCACCAGUGCUGCGUUCCUCCGAUCAGCUUUUCCUCGAUUUGCCCAAAUCAGAACCACAGCUACGUGAAUGGGUAGAUCGUGCCGAACAUGGCUGGACCAACAAUGCACGUGUUAUAACCCGCGCCUGGCUGCGCGAGGGCCUGAAGCCACGUUGCAUUACACGCGAUCUCAAAUGGGGCAUACCCGUGCCGCACAAGAACUUCGAGAAGAAGGUGUUCUACGUGUGGUUCGAUGCACCAUUUGGUUAUGUGUCCAUUACCAAGCGCUACACCAAGGAGUAUCUGCAAUGGUGGCAACCGGCAGCUGGCACCGAUGUCGAGCUCUUCCAAUUCAUGGCCAAGGAUAAUGUGCCCUUCCACUCGGUUGUCUGGCCCUCUGUGCUGUUGGCCAUCAAUAAGGGCAACACAUUGGUUAGUCACAUUAUGGCCACGGAGUAUCUGAACUAUGAGGAUGGCAAAUUUAGCAAGAGUCGAGGCAUUGGUGUCUUCGGCAAUGAUGCCCAGGAGACGGGCAUACCCGCUGACGUGUGGCGUUUCUAUUUGGCCUCCGCACGUCCAGAGGGUCAGGACUCCAGCUUUAGUUGGAAUGAUUUGGCUGCACGCAACAACUCGGAGUUGCUCAACAACCUGGGCAACUUUGUGAAUCGAGCUCUGGUCUUUUGCGAGAAGAACUUCGAUAGCACCGUGCCACAGAUUGUGCUCAAUCAGGAUGAUCUGGUGCUAUUGGCACUUAUCAAUCGCGAACUGCGUGGUUAUAUCAGUUCCUUGGAGAAGGCCAGGUUGCGCGAUGGCAUACGUCAUCUGUUGGCCGUUUCUCGACACGGCAAUGGCUAUAUGCAAACCCAACAGCCUUGGGUGCUGCUCAAGGGCAGCAAUGAUCAGAAGGCGCGCGCUGCCACGAUCAUUGGAUUGUGUACGAAUAUAGCCUGUCUGCUGGCCAACUUGUUAUUCCCCUAUAUGCCUACCACAGCGCGCACAAUGUUCGCGCAGCUGAAAACCAAGCAAACGCCGCUAGAUGCUAACAAACCUUUGGCCACGAUGCUCUUGCCCACUGGCCACAAGAUAGGCAAGCCUUCACCGCUCUUUACCAAAUUGGAGCAAUCGUUCAUUGAUGAGCUCAAAGGCAAAUAUGGUGGCAGCCAGGCAGCAGCAGCUCAAGAACAAUCGAGUUCAGCGGAUCUGGAGGCAGCGGUGCAGGCGCAAGCGAACAAAGUGCGCGAGCUUAAGGCAAGCACAAAAGACAAAUCUGUUUGGCAGCCGGAGGUUGACAAGUUGCUUGACCUAAAGAAUCAAUUGAAAAAGGCAGCACCAGCACCAGCAGCAGCAGCAGCAGCACCAGCUCCAACUGGGCAAUCUGUCGAAGCACUGGAACAGGCAGUGCAGGCACAGGGCGAAAAAGUUCGCCAGCUCAAGUCAACGACAAAAGACAAAGCCGUUUGGCAGCCAGAAGUCAACAAGCUGCUAGAUCUAAAGAAGCAACUUGAGGCAGCCAAAGGAGCUCCAGCACCUGCCACACCAACAGCAGCAACAGAUGUAGCAGCAGUCAAAGCGCUAGAAGACAAAAUCACGCAACAGGGCGAAAAGGUGCGCAAUCUAAAGGCUACCGGAGAUGCCUCCGUUUGGAAGCCCGAAGUCGAAACACUGUUAAAUCUGAAGAAGGAACUGGCGACGCUUACUGGCGCUCCAGUAGCUGCGACCCAAACUAAGAACAAGAAGAAAAAGUAAAGCUCUUGCAAGAUGUAAACAACU